CGUCCGGUUACUGGCUGAUGUAAAGUUGCGUUCUCGCAGCGGAGCGGACACACACACACACACCGGCUGUCUGUCUGUCUGUCGCCUCUUUAUUUCUACACAAGAAGCAUUCAGUCGUCUCUCCUCCGCGGACUGUCGUGGCACCUUGGGCUGACAUGGCGACGGAUAUAACUAAAGGUGUGGAACAAGUCUCAGUGGGUGAGCUGUACGUGUCGGACAAAUGCGGCAGCGACCAGGAUGGAGACGGCACGGAGCAGAAACCCUUCAAAACUCCUCUCAAGGCUCUGAUGUCUUUUGGGAAAGAGCCGUUCCCGACCCUCUACGUCGAAUCACAGAAGGAAGGAGAGCGCUGGGCGGUGAUCUCUAAGACUCAGAUGAAGAACGCAAAGAAGGCUUUCAACCGUGAGCAGAUGAAGUGCGAUGCCAAAGACAAGAAGGAGGCAGAGGACAACGAGAGGAGAGAGAAGAACCUGGAGGAAGCCAAGAAGAUCGUCGUUGAGAACGACCCCAGCCUGCCAAAGCCUGAAACCGUCAAAAUCCUGCAUCUGGAGGCCAAGCGAGGCCAGAGAGUCAAAGUGUUUGGAUGGGUGCAUCGCCUUAGGAGACAGGGGAAGAACCUGAUGUUCAUUGUGCUGAGAGAUGGAACUGGUUUCCUCCAGUGUGUCUUGUCUGAUAAACUGUGCCAGUGCUACAACGGCCUGGUGUUGUCCACAGAGAGCACCGUAGCUCUGUACGGCACUGUCACUCCGGUUCCUGAGGGGAAACAGGCACCCGGUGGCCACGAGUUGCACUGUGACUUCUGGGAGUUGAUCGGCUUGGCUCCAGCCGGCGGCGCAGACAACCUGCUGAACGAAGAGUCGGAUGUGGACGUUCAGCUGAACAACCGACACAUGCUGAUCAGAGGAGAGAACGUCUCCAAGAUCCUCAGGGUCCGAUCCACCGUCACACAGUGCUUCAGGGACCACUUCUUCAGCUGCGGAUACUACGAGAUCACUCCUCCGACCAUGGUGCAGACUCAGGUGGAGGGCGGCUCCACGCUGUUUAACUUCAACUACUUUGGUGAGGAGGCGUACCUGACGCAGUCCUCCCAGCUCUACCUGGAGACUUGCAUACCCGCCCUGGGCGACACCUUCUGUAUCGCCCAGUCGUACCGAGCCGAGCAGUCCCGCACCCGCAGACACCUUUCUGAGUACACUCACAUCGAGGCCGAGUGUCCCUUCAUUACAUUUGAGGAUCUGCUGAACAGACUGGAGGAUCUGGUGUGUGACGUGGUCGACCGAGUGCUCAAAUCACCCGCUGCUCAGCUGCUCUAUGACAUCAACCCCAACUUCAAACCCCCCAAGAGGCCAUUCAAGAGGAUGAACUACACUGAAGCCAUCGAGUGGCUCAGAGAGCACGACAUCAAGAAAGACGACGGCACCUACUACGAGUUUGGAGAGGACAUCCCCGAGGCUCCAGAGAGGUUGAUGACAGACUCCAUCAACGAGACCAUCCUGCUCUGCCGUUUCCCCGCUGAGAUCAAAUCCUUCUACAUGCAGCGCUGCCCCGAGGACAAACGCCUCACUGAGUCGGUCGACGUGUUGAUGCCAAACGUUGGCGAGAUUGUCGGAGGCUCAAUGCGUAUCUGGGACGCCGAGGAGCUGCUGGAGGGAUACAAGAGGGAGGGGAUCGACCCGACUCCGUACUACUGGUACACUGACCAGAGGAAGUAUGGCACAUGUCCUCACGGUGGUUACGGUCUGGGUCUGGAGCGUUUCCUCACCUGGUUGCUGAACAGACAUCACAUCCGAGACGUCUGCCUGUACCCACGAUUCAUCCAGCGCUGCCGACCCUGAACACACUCCCUUGCUGACACACACACACACACACAUCAUGACAUGGCAUGUGGCAGCGCUUUUUGCCCAUUACAAUAUUGAAUCAAAUAUGAAUUCUGUUUUUGCCCUUUAGGUUUUCAAAUCUCAAAUCUGUUCAACUGUUUGCAGCGAGCUGCAUGACGCCUCACCACAGACACAGUUUGAAUCCCAUCUGCAUCACUGCUUCCUCCUUUUUUGUUUUUGAUCAUUGCUGCCUCUUGUUGGCUGAUUAUUUGAGCAGUAACACACACUGUAGCUUCCUGUGAUUGUACAGUGUGUCUGCAAGUUGUGGAAAAACUGAAAAUGUCACGUGAGCUCUUGAAUGCUGCUAAACAACAGCUAAAAACAUACAAAUGUAGUAUUGGGUUCAUUCUUCCGUUGUUGGGAACAAAAAAAACUCCUAAUAAACAAAUGAAGUCAGUCCAUCAGUGACAGAACACUUGUGUUCCCGUCAUGUCCAGAAUAAAUAAUUCUCAGUAGAUCAGUCUGUGUCUGUGUCAGUUUCGAUGUAGAAACAAUAAAGGUACAGUACAUCCCAAUCCUGAUUAAUACAGUACAGCGCUGCCACACACACACACACUCUCUGUUUCUAUCAUUGCACUGGAUGUCCACCACCCUGCCUCUCUCUGUGGUAAGGUGAUGGUUCUAUGCUUAUCGACUGGUUCAAACUUUAAUCACAGAAACAACAGUGCUGCUUUUGUGCACGUUUCAUGUGUCUGGGAACAUUUUACAUCUCACCUGAAAGAACGGAGCUGGUUCUGGAAAUCAAAGGCCGACAUGAAAAGUGGGUGUUAGUGUUUAGAAACAGUUGGUUGUCAUCAUAUUUGUCUGCUCUGCUUCUCAGUAUAAAUAUACUAUCAACUCAAUAAAUGCACUUAAAUAAAAUGGGAAUCAAACAGA